AUGGCAGAAUCAUGUCAUGUAUCACUGAUCCUACUGGUCAUCCUCACAAUCAGAGGAGUACUGGGCCAGAGGAUCAUUGGGGGUCUGGAGGUAACACCCUACUCUAUAACCUACCAAGCCUCCAUCCAGUACAACAAAUUACACUACUGUGGAGGGACCCUCAUACACCCUCAGUGGGUGGUGUCUGCUGCCCACUGCUGGAGACCGGCAUACCUGAUCAAAGUGGUACUGAGUGAGCACAGUCUAUCCAGAGUGGAAGGCCUUGAGCAGGAGUUCAACGUCUCCAAUGUUCUGGUCAACUACAUGUAUAACUACAGGACGUUCGACAACGACAUCAUGCUGCUCAAAACAAGUGAAUCAAUUCUCUCUCCCUCUCCAUCCCUCCAUCAGCUGGAGAGGCCCGUGAAUCUCAACGCCAACAUCAAGCCCGCCAUCCUGCCCAGAGUGGACAUGCCCUUGUUACAACAGGGAAUGACCUGUACGGUAAGCGGCUGGGGGGUCACCAAUAUCUUCAGCUACUACCUGUCCCCCGUGCUCCAAGCUGUGGAUGUUGACGUUAUCACCAACUGCCAGAACUACUACUACUUCAGGAUCACAGACAACAUGCUCUGUGCCGGCUCUCCCUUCGGAGGGAAGGACUCCUGUCAGGGUGACUCAGGCGGCCCUCUGAUCUGUAAUGGGCACUUUGAGGGCAUCGUGUCCUGGGGCAUCAGCUGUGCCAACCCCUACUUCCCUGGCGUUUACACCAAGGUCAGGAAGUACAUCAGCUGGAUCAAGUGGAUCAUGCAGAACGACAGCUAGCGACACCAUCUCCUCCUUUGUAAGGAUCACAAUGGGAUACCAUGUACAGAAACUGUUAGUGUAUCGAUAUGGACAUAGAUACCGAACUACCCACUGUAAACCAUUACCACCAGUUUUCUUUACUACAUAGAAAACACGAAAAAAAAUACACUCAGGUCUAUCAUCUCUCUUAUGGCUACUGAAUGCUGUACUGAAUGCUGUACUGAAUAUGUCAAAAGUGAGUGAUAGUCUUUUUGCUGAUAGAAAGCAUCUAGGUAAUAGUGUUAUCAGCAGACAGAUGGAUUUACUGUAUAGAUGUGAUCAAACUUACAGCCCAUGUAAUCAUUUGUUGAAGAAGAAAAACCCACGUACACUUUACAGCGAUUGAAAAACAUAAUUUCUUUUGUCCGGUCACCAAAACAGAAAGAGAGUUUAAGACACACUAAAGCAUCUGUGUCUGCACUGUUAGUUGACAUAUUUCCCUCUAUAUCAUAUUUGCAUUAAUAUGUUAUUUUGUAUGUCUUGUCAAACACAUACAGUGAGGGGAAAAAAGUAUUUGAUCCCUGCUGAUUUUGUACGUUU